CUGGGCAACGCCCGCGAGAUUUCGUUAUCCACAAGAAAUGGCUGUGUCUCUGCUACUUCCACUGGGUUCUGCUUUUCCUAAAAGUUUGUCUUCAAAUCACCAAACCAUUGUUGGAGAUGCAAUUCGUGAUUUGACUCUUCAAUACUCAAAUUCAGAACUCAGAGUAUCAAGGGCAAGAGAAUGUUGCAAUGAAUCAACUUUGGUCAAACGGAGGGAUGUGAUUGGCUUCAUUUUUGGGGCUUCUUGGUUCCUUACAAAGUCAUUUAAUGCCAAUGGAGCUGGCUUGCCCCCAGAGCAAAAGCCAAGACUCUGUGAUGAUCCAUGCGAGAAAGAGCUUGAAAAUGUAUCUAUGGUAACUACAGAGUCUGGUUUGCAAUAUAAGGAUAUUCAGGUUGGCGGAGGCCCUAGUCCACCAAUAGGUUUUCAGGUUGCGGCAAAUUAUGUUGCCAUGGUUCCAUCUGGACAAAUAUUUGACAGUUCAUUGGAGAAAGGUCAGCCUUACAUUUUUCGUGUCGGCUCUGGUCAGGUGAUCAAGGGACUUGAUGAAGGGAUCCUGAGCAUGAAGGUUGGAGGGAAACGUCGGCUUUACAUUCCAGGACCGUUGGCAUUCCCGAAAGGUCUGACUUCGGCUCCAGGAAGGCCAAGGGUGGCUCCGAACAGCCCAGUUAUUUUCGAUGUGAGUUUAGAGUAUGUACCAGGCCUGGAAUCAGAUGAAGAGUAAACUCCAUUUUUGUCUCCAAAGAAUUACUGCCACAGGUGCUUUGCUUGCUUCCAUGGGGUGCCAAUGGAGGAUAUUUCAUCAGCUACCAUAAAUGUUCGCCUUUCUUCUUUGUUCAAAGCUUCUUCAUAUGCAGGAGCUAGAGAACAAGUCUCUGGUGUAAAUCAAUACUUGUUAUUUCAUUGUUUUCUUCCCAAUCAGCAUGGUAGCUAAUAUCUUGCGUGUGUUUACUCGGGAUCAGCUCGACUUUAUUUAUUUAUUUAUUAGCUCAUUCAAUUC